CCACUUUGAACCUUCCGCUCCCUUCUGGCUGACUCUUUCAAAUCCCCCCUCCUCUUUUUUCUUCCCUAUAAAUUUGAUUUCUCCCACCAAACAAACACAGAAAAUAGCCAUCGUAUUCCUCAACAACAAGAUUCCUCAGAGAGAAAGAGGUUGCAGAGGAAACAGAACAGACCAACCUCGUCACUCUUCUCACUCAUUUUCUCAUAUAUCUACGUGGUCCGUGAUGAUCUGUACUGGGUCGUUGCUUUAGUUGUAUCAAACCCUUCUAAAAGCCCAUCCGACAACCCCUCCAACCAUAUUUCUCUCAGAUAUCCUAUCCGUCUUCACCAUCUAUAUUAUAAACCAUCAAACUCCCCCAAAUCCAAAAUCCAUAGAAACAGAAUUUUCCCAUCAUGAGCACUGAACCCGCCGCCGCAUAUGGGGUUCGGAUCCACCAGACCCGGAGGCUACCGGACUUCCUCCAGAGCGUGAAUCUCAAGUACGUGAAACUGGGCUACCACUAUCUGGUUUCCCACCUCUUGACUCUUUGCUUGGUCCCUCUCAUUGCCGUCAUUGUCAUUCAAGCCGCCCAGCUCAAACCCGACGACAUUCACCAACUCUGGCUCCACCUCCAGUACAAUCUCCUCAGCGUCGUCAUCUUCUCCGUCGUUCUCGUUUUCGGAUCCACCGUCUACAUCAUGAGCCGCCCGAGAUCCAUCUACCUCGUUGACUACUCCUGCUAUCUUCCUCCCUCGCAUCUCCAGGUCCAGUUCCACCGCUUCAUGGAGCACUCCAAGCUCACCGGCGACUUCGACGAUUCGUCGUUGGAGUUCCAGCGCAAGAUUCUCGAGCGCUCCGGUCUCGGCGAAGAGACCUACGUCCCGGAAGCUAUGCACUACCUUCCUCCCAGGCCGUCAAUGGCGGCGGCGAGAGAAGAGGCAGAGCAAGUGAUGUUUGGCGCCUUGGAUAACCUGUUCGCGAAUACCAAUGUCAAGCCCAAGGAUAUCGGUAUUCUCGUUGUGAAUUGCAGCCUGUUUAAUCCAACGCCAUCCCUUUCGGCUAUGAUUGUCAACAAGUAUAAGCUGAGGGGUAAUAUCAGGAGUUUCAAUUUGGGCGGAAUGGGCUGCAGUGCUGGUGUUAUAGCCAUUGAUCUUGCUAAGGACAUGUUGCAAGUUCAUCGGAACACUUACGCAGUUGUUGUUAGCACUGAGAACAUCACUCAGAAUUGGUACUUCGGGAACAAGAAAUCAAUGUUAAUACCCAAUUGCUUGUUUAGAGUCGGCGGCGCCGCCGUUUUGCUAUCCAACAAACCGGCGGAUCGGCGGCGAGCUAAAUAUAAGCUUGUACACGUUGUGAGGACACAUCGCGGAGCCGACGACAUGGCCUUUCGUUGUGUUUAUCAGGAGCAGGAUGAUGCUGGGAAAACCGGGGUUUCUUUGUCUAAGGACCUCAUGGCAAUUGCCGGUGGAGCUCUUAAGGCUAAUAUCACGACUAUGGGUCCCCUUGUGCUUCCUCUAAGCGAGCAGCUUCUUUUUUUUACUACCUUGGUGGCCAAGAAACUGUUCAAUGCCAAAGUGAAGCCUUAUAUCCCGGAUUUCAAGCUGGCUUUCGACCAUUUCUGCAUUCAUGCUGGCGGGAGGGCUGUGAUUGAUGAGCUUGAGAAGAAUUUGCAGCUUCUCCCUCAACAUGUGGAGGCUUCUAGGAUGACUCUGCACAGAUUUGGUAACACUUCAUCCAGCUCGAUUUGGUAUGAGCUUGCUUACACAGAAGCCAAGGGGAGGAUGCGAAAGAGGAACCGGGUGUGGCAGAUUGCAUUUGGGAGUGGUUUCAAGUGUAAUAGUGCAGUUUGGGAAGCCCUGAGGAAUGUAAAACCUGCGCCUAAUAAUCCAUGGGAAGAUUGCAUUCACAAGUAUCCGUUGCAGACAGUUGGAUAGCCCGACCGCAAUUCGGUUUUGGCUCUUGUUUUACAGAAUUGGGAUGCCUUGAUAGUUUGAACUUCGCAAUUAUCUUGUUCUUCUGUCCUCCCUAUCACUUUUCAUGUUUAGAAUUUUAUUUUUUGGGUCCUGCUAUGUGUUGUUUGAUCUUCAAAAGCCAUAAUAUGUACCUUGCUUCUUGUACUUUGAUGUUAUAUAUAUAUAUAUAUAUAAGAUCCAGUUGUGCAUGGAGUUCA